AUGGUUAGCUCAUCUGAACGAGUAUUUAUUCUUGGAGGCACAGGAAAUGUUGGCUCAAAGACCACAAGAGAUUUAAUUGCCAAAGGUAUUCCUGUCACAUUAUAUGCACGUCAGCCGGAAAAAGUAAAGGCAUCAUUUGAAAACAACAGCCUUGUCAACACUAUCCAAGGUGAUUACAAAGACCUUACUCCAUUGAAGGAAGGAUUAAAGGGACACACCAGACUCUUUCUUUUGAUUGUUGAUAUGUACAAUAUGAUCCAACUGAAAAAGACUAUUGCUGCUUGGGCUUAUGAAGCUGGUAUUAAGCAAAUUGUGGAUAUCUCAAGUUUUACCGUAAGCUGCCCUUUAAGAACAACCUUUAUUGGUGUGAAUCAUUACGAAUCCGAACAAGCCAUCUAUCAUCUUCCUAAUCGUGGUGCCUUUGUUGCCUUGCGUCCAGGUCGCUUCAUGUCAAAUAUUUUCAUGUUUGAUGGUCUCCAGUUCAGUAAUGACACUAUUUUUGAUACAGUAGAUGCCGACAAACCACAGGGCUGGGUUUCACCAAACGAUAUUGGCGCGGUUGCUGCAGUUGUCCUUAGUGAAGACAUUGAAAAGCAUGGUGAUUCAGUGUAUGAACUCAAUAGUGAUGUUGCUACUCCAACCCAGCGCGCCACUUAUCUCUCGCGUAUCCUUGGCCGUGACAUAAAAUAUAAGCAGAUCGACUCUCUUGAGAAAUAUGAUAUGCUCAUGAGUACUGGGCACCUCAGUCAUCCUUUUGCCUACUGUCUCAGUACAACCUUGGUAUCCUAUGAUAUGCAGAAUCCUAUUAUCACUGAUGGUAUUCAUGUCUUGUUACGAAGAAAGCCAGAAACAUUGGAAAAAUACCUUGAAGAUAAUAAGCAUUUACUCAAAUAA